GACAAAUUUCGCCAUUCCGGCGAUCGCUCACGCCGAGAACACACGUGACGAUGCGCGGUGACCGCGCCGCUCGUGACACGCGACACAACAAAGAUCAUGAAAAAUUAAAAUCAUCACUUAAAAAGGGCACCAAAUCCAAAAAGAAUAGGGUUAUAUUUGAUGAGAGCGCUAAUGAAUUUUUUGAAGCAGAUUAUAUUAUUGUUGUUCGAGAUGAAUGCGGGUAUUCGGACGAAGGUGAAAAUGAAGAGUGUUCAGGUUGCGGAGCGUGCGAUCGGUUUCAGGAGCCUGAACCUGGGGCGCUCAGUCCUCCUGAGGGUUACAAAGACAUGGGACUCUUCAAUCGGGAUGGAACUUUACGAGAACAAGCCUGGUGGGAUGCUGGUGACGUGGUUCUCGUGGGAGAGCAUUCUGGGACUGUGUUCACACCACAGCACUUGCAGCUUCUUCGUCGGUUGCAAAGAGAAAGAAUGCUCCGAUCUACUGUUUGUGCCGAUUGUGACGCGCACUCCACGCUCCAUCAACCCCACGAAAUUGAAUACAACUACGAAGACGAAGAUGGUAGCGAUGGUGACAGAGAACUACGGCCAAUAGCUCGUCGGACGGGCAAACACAUUGCUGCUGGCGAAGAAAGGCCGCGCAUCAAUUCCAGCCAACAGACGACGCCGAUUGAAGAAUGCUCUGUGGAUAUUUGUAUAGAAGAAACUCGACCAGAAUUAUCGACCAAUCCGCUAACAAGCGAGGAAAGUGACAUAGGCGAAAUAGAGGGUCGAAUAUCAUCGGAGAAUUCCCCGUUAAGACAACGUCGCGCGGGAAUUUUGAAGGGUGGGAGGCUGUGGAAGUCUCUAGAAAAUGAUAAAGAUGGCUACGAACAGAAUGACGACCAACGUUCAACAACUACAGCAAGCGAUGAGGAUGGCUCAGUUACUCCAAGGUCGGUCCGCUUCGUUGAAAAACCCAAAGACAGUGAUGAAGAAGUCACUGAUAAGCAAGAACCAGUACCAACACAGGGUACGGACUUAGAACAUAGCGGGCACAGAGAACUUACAACCAAUGCACACAGAUUGGAGACACCACUUAUCCUAACGAUUAAUUCUCCGAAAGCCAAUUCAGCAGUUCAACAGUUAUUCAAUAGUAGCCGGCCACCGCCGCCCGCUAUAGAACCACAAUUGGUCACUUCAGAAACACUUAGAGCGUGGGAUGCCGGUGUCAGACCUAAGCCAGAAGACGUCGCGGUUCGACGGGUUGCUGAAAGGAAUGCGUUGAGAUGCUCUUUACUUCGCAGUGAGGCGAGGAAAAAACAACAACCAAAGCAGGAGACCACUUCAUUAUCCGAACGGAUUCGUCUCCUGACUUGCGACGUUGAUGAUGAUGAUGUCCAAGAGGACCAGCGACCGUCACCAGCCGGAGCCAGCAUCGACAAAUUCUCAAACAGCAGUGACAAAUCCAGCGAUAAAUCAUACACAAGUAUUGAUAAGAACAAUGAAAAGGCUUUUGGAAGCGCUUCUUCAAGUUCCUCUUCAUCCACUUUGUCAGCUCCUGUACCGACUCGUCAACAACCACCCGAUUUAGGAGAUGUCCACCAGGAACCGCAAAAGGUUCGACCAGAGCCCAGGCGACAGUUUCUGUCGACUCUUGCACCAUUAACGGCCUGCGUAGGCAGCACAGCCCACCACGAAGGCUUCUACUACCUUCCCCCUGGUGACCGCAACACUGGCUCUGCCACUAACAUAGACCUGCAUGAACACAACGAGGCACCAGCUCCAGACGUUGUGGCGGGCACUCCAGGCGCCGGUGAGAGUGAUGAUAGUUUAGCGGCUUUUGCACGUGCCUCAGCACCUAGAACGGAAAGACUACGACAACGUUACGGCCAGGAGUCUCAACCAGUCAGCAGUGAUGACGAGCACGACGACUAUGGUUUUCAUCGGCGACCAGCAGUACGCGGGAUAGCUGUUAAGAAACAGCUAGGCUCAUCCAAUGAGAUACUGCAGCAGAUGCAAAAUGAACUACAGCCUACCGCUACAUCGAGUGCUACAAGUCCGAUGCCCGCUCACGCUUGCCAACGUACUAACUCAAACUACUCCUGGCCCUACUAUUCUGAAGCCAAUCUUAAUUCGCGAUCACAAAGCAGGUCCAGCAUUAACACUAACUGGUCUAAAUCUGACUACGCUACGACACGUCAAUGCAACAGUACCCCGGUGCCACAACAUAGCGAUGCGUGUUACGCACACGCACAGAACAUGGCAUACCACUACCAGAGACAACACGACAACUUGUACGGGAAUUGUUCCCUUUACGCUAAUGUUGGGUGUUCAGAUAGCAGUCAAGAAUUAUACAGUUCCCAAACAAGUUCAGAACAAACAUCACCAGUCCGUUCCGGUAGAUGUAGGAGACCGGAGUCACCGCCGCCUAUUAGAAGCCACCACCAGCUCCUCUACGUACCAUACAAUAACCAUUACCACUAUCAACAAGAUUACGCUCAAAAUUGGGGCACUAACGACUAUAACCGCAUGCAUUACUACCAUCAACAUCAGCAGUCUAUAAGCGGAGCUAGUACACCGCAGCCAGCCAUACCACAACGAGCUCAUUACACACAUGCCUUACAAGUCCAGACUCUCUGCCCCGCUCCAGCAAGAUAUAGACCAGUGCCGGCGCCGCAACCCGGUGGCGGCAAGCAAAUGAUUUGUUAUUCUGAAAAGGUUGCAGCCCCACUAUACCAGCCAGCACCUGGGUCUCCAUCUAGAGCGACCCGCGGAGCUCCUGAAGGAGCAGCUGGAUCGGCCCAACAGGUCACCUCACCCAUGACCGCACCUCAGAACCCCGUAUACUACGCAAUGAAUGUCUGACAAGGAGAAUAGUUACAAAUUGUACUGGGCCACGACAGGGUCCGGAUUAAUAUUGAAAUAUCAAAGCCUGCUGAAGAAGACAAGAAUUAAAUAUAACCAAGUUACCAAAUGAGUAUAAGAAAAUAUGUAUAUGAUUUUAACUGAAAUAACAAGUUAAAAUCAAGCAGUAACAAAAUAAUGACACCAAAUUUUCAAGGACUGCAUGAUUAAUAUGAAAUUCUUAAUGACUUGUUUAAAAUAUAUGUAGAUAAUGAGUAGAGAAUUGAUAAUUAAGUGUUGAUACCAAAGACGUUGCAAGAUAUAACCAAAGCUAUUUGUGAAAAAAACUUUAAAAGUGAAUAACCUUUGGAAACGGUUAGAUAUAAAGAUAAAAACAAAUGCUUCACGAUUUGCUUACUUUUGAAACAAAUAACCAUCUAAGAACUUAACAUACUCGCGGCUCACGAGCGACUUAGGCUAUACUAAAUAAUUUCAUAUUAAUUUAUUUUUAUCAUUGACUAUGACUUAAACCUUUAAAAGUCAGCUCUAUUUUUCACUCCCUUAAAUAAUACAUUAUGGGGUAAUUGAUUUUGUCUAAAUCAAAAUGGAACCUAUUAAAAUCAUCUAAUGGCUUUAUUUCAUUUCUUGAGCUAUUUAAAGCAAUAAUAAUUUUAAAUUGUUUCUGGAAUCAACAGAUAAAUAAAUUAUAACCGCCCUUUGUAUGGACCACAUAACAUAUACCAUCGUGCAAAUGUGAUAACAUUGAACACAAUAAUUUUUUAAAUUUAUGUACAUAAGUCAUAGUACGAUUUAUACAUGCUUCCAUUUUUGAAUUAUUUGUGAGGUCCUCAACGCUUAGGUUAGUUUGUAUACAAUUUAGAUGAGUAAUUUACGUGCCAAAUACAAGCGUAGUCGUUGUAGAAUACUUAGUUAUAAAAGCGAGCCGUGUGUAUAAGCAAGAUAGGAUUUUCCAAUAUCGGCCUAAGCCUAUCGAAUCAUUUAUAAAUUUUUAAUGUAAGUUUAACAUAAAAACGUGAAAUAUCAUUUUUCGUCUCUACACAAGAAUUCAGUAGUAUUGUUGAAGUAUAUAGACGGUAGUUGUUAUAUUUUGUUUUUAUUUAAGUAUAAUAUAUGAUGUUAAAGUUUUAUAUUCCAUGAACGAAGUUAAAUGAAGCUAGUCUAAUUAGUCAUUGAGCUUUUACGACGAAGUAUCAAUAAAACAAGCAUGUGCAUUCAAACCUACUUAAGAUUAAAAAAAAAUACUUAUAUAAUCAUCUGAUAUGUGAUUUGAUAUAAAUAUUGUCGGUUAAUUUUAGCGACGUUUAUAAAAACCGAUUUGAUAUAUUUUGUGGUCCAUUUUUUAUUUUUCAUAACCACAGAGCGUUAGAUAAGUUAGGCGUUAUAAAUAAAUUAAUUUAUAUAUUUUAUUUGUAUAUUUAGUGUGGCAUGCAUAGUUGGAAAAUUGUUAGGCAAAGGUAUGUAAUCGCACAAAUAAACACUAAAUGAGACCAAAUCUAGAACCUCAUUCCAAUAUUUAAAAGUAUUUUUGAGAAAUGUUAAUAAUAUAUAGGCAUUCACUCAUAAUAUAUAAAUAUUGCAUAAAGCAUUGAAUAGACUGCAAUGAUUGUUUUUAUGACGUUAUAUCAAAAUACUUCAAGCCUAGUAAUUAGCAGUCUAGCAUUAUGUGACGAAUAAAAUACAAGAAUUGAAACGUUGAUGUAUACAUUUAACAUUUUACCAAGUACCGGUAAACUUUUUUAAUAAAGGCUUCCACAAAAAAAUUAAGACACUGUUAUGAGUGUUGUUUUAAUAAUCAUAAAGUUAUUUGUUGCUGAUAAUUAAUGUUUAGUCACUAUCGUUAAUAUUUAUUUUUGUUGAAAUAAAAUAUUAUUACUUAAAACUAUUUUUUAUCUUUAGUUGCACAUUUUUGUGUUUUAUAUUUCAGAUCUCUCCUAUAAAAUAAUUGUUUUUUAUUAAUAUUUACUGUUUUACAGCUUAUAAUAAUUUUGUAACUGUUCAUAAGCUACUGACACAAAUGCUCAUAAAAAUCACUAAGUCAUGAAACUAGUGAGCAGCACUAAUGACAGUUUAUUACCAGUACGUAUGUACAAGUUUUCAUUGUCAUUACGUAAUACGUAAGUGACAUUACAGUUAAAUUGGAGAUUAUUAACAUACAUUUCAACCCGUCAGGACUUUAUAAAAAAGUAUUACAUAAAAUUGCACGACAAUGAAUUCGUUAAUAAUUGACGUUACAAAUAAAUAAUUCUACUUCUAAUUAAUGUUUAUAAUUUGAGCUAAAUGUGAAGCUUUUAAAAGAUUUGGCUUGACUUCUUAAUGAAAUAUAUUACAAUCCCAACUCUUUCAGUUGGAAAUGACCACGUCUAAAUUGGACAAUUUUAUAAAACCAUAAAUUAAUGUAAGACAUUAUUGUAGUCCUAAAUAUGUAAUAUAAGGUAGAUAUUUCAUUUGGUGAUAGAUAAUUUAUUUUUAACAUGUGAUAUUGUUUUGCUACUUGGCAGUUUUUGUACACUCAAAUAUUUUUAUGUAUAUUAAUCUAAGAUUUAUUAUUGUUAUUUUCGCCAAGCUAGUCAAUAAUAAGUAUUUUGGAGUUGAAAAAAGAUGUAUUUGAAAUUUUUGUGUAUGUAAUAGAUAAGAGAAUACUUAAAUAUUGUGAAGAUUGCAAUUGCAUAUGAAAUAAAACAGUAUUCAUGAUAAAUAAUGAGAACAUUGCAUUUAAAACCAAAAAAUAUUUAGAUGAAAUUACUUAUUAGAAAAAUAAUUUAAAGAGAUAAGAACUACUAUUUAUAGAAAAAAUUUGAACAGUACAUCUUUAGUUUUAAGAUAAAUAAUACCUUACUUAACACAUUUCAAAAACAAAUGAUGUGACAAAUUAACAAUGGAAGUAGUAUAUUGGUGUAGUAACACUGCGGCAACAAUGUAAUGUUACUUAAAGUAAUAAAUGGGCAUAAUCCAUUAAAAUGGUAACUUUCAAAAAGUUUAGCCUGAUUUGUUUUAAAGUAAUUUGUUUAUCUUCAAGAUAUUUCUAGAGGUCUAUUGGUAAUAUGUAAUAAAUAAGUCAGAGAUCUAUUAUCAUUUUGAAGGAUGUAAUACUAUGUAGGUAUAGAAAAAUGUGUUGUUAUAUUUAUAUCGUUUCCAUUUUUAUUUUUAUCUUAAUAUUCAAUAGUUUUAUUAUUUUAAUAAGCAAAAAACUUUAAAAAUAUCGUCAUUGGAUUUGAUGUUGCUUUAUAUAAAAGAAGCAUAUUAAAAUGUUAUUAAUUUCUAUCAUGCAAGUAGGUCUUGCAACAAAUGUUUUCAAAGUUACUUUUUUAUAUGUACAAAACAACUGUUUUGGUAGAAAAAUGCAGAAUGAUUGACAUAAUUAAUAUUUUAGGAAAUGUACAUCUAAUUGAAGAUUAGACAUUACAAUGAACCGAACUUGUGGAAUGUUGAAACAAUGACUAUGUUUUCAGUUGACCAAUUUAUUAAAAAAUAGACCUUUUAGCAUAUAAUAAUGUCAUAAUUAAUGCUUUUUAUUUGAUAUAUAAUUUGUGCACAUGAAUUGUUUGAUUGUCCUGUAGAAGAUUAUCAUGCUUCGCCCUGAAUUAUCUUUUUAGCAUCUUUAAGUAUAUUUAGAAUGUCUUAAUAUGAAGGUUAUAGUAGUGACGAAAGUCAAAUAUAUUAAGUUGGAUAAUAUGUGUUAGCGCAAGGAUGUCAGUUUUUCAAUUUACGCAUGUACAAAUGUAUUUGUAGAUUGGUAAAGCAAUAAAGUAUUAUGAAUA